AUUUGCUUCAUUUUCAUGAUAUCUGGAAAGGCUAGGCUGUGUGUCUGUAUGUAGUCGACCGGCCACAGGGAGUCAUAUACCAGAAUACUUUCCGAGUGAAUGAAAUAAACGUCAGCAUUCACUGACCAGUCUGGCUGCACCAGCGCACAAGGAUGGCUGAAGCUCAUCAGGCAGUUGCAUUUACAUUCCAAGUUACACACGAUGGACUUGAGGUAGAUUUUGACCAUGAAGUGAUCGCUUCUAUCUGGAACAGUGGGGUGCGAUCACUGUACAAGAAUUUCCAAAGACAUUGGCAUGAUUUGAAAGCUGGCAUCUACCCUCUGGAGCCUCACACGUUACUCGUGUGCAUCCUGCUCUCAUGGGGUUUACGUGCUGGUCUCGGGAUUGAUAUGUCGCUCGGUUCUGUUGAUCACAUAUGUCAUCUUAUUCCAUGGAUCCAUUUCUUGCCAGUCUUUGUCCUUUAUGUGAGCUGCACCAUAUCUGGCGUGCUGGCAUGGAUAGGGCUAAUCCUCUUCACUAGGUAUUCGCUAAAGAUCCUAUUCAUUUACCAGGGCUGGAUGAAUGAUCCACGUGGAAAGUUCUCAAUGAAAACAAAGUUCUGGGCUAUACUGGUCAGAUUUCUCAAGGGAAAGAACCCUCGACUCUAUAGCUAUCAAGGAUCUUUGCCGAAGCUUCCACUCCCGAAACUCCGUGAUACACUAAAAAGGUACCUUAUAUCAGUUCGCCCGCUACUGAAUGAUGAGGAUUACAAGAAUCUGGAGCAACUGGCAAUGGAUUUUGAGAAAGGCAUUGGGAAAAGGUUUCAGCGUUAUCUGUGGCUCAAGUCCUGGUGGGCAACGAAUUAUGUCACAGAUUGGUGGGAAGAUUAUGUCUACUUGAAAGGGCGUCUGCCGAUUAUGGUGAAUUCAAACUUCUACAUAGUGGAUGCAAUACUUACGAAGCCGACCAACAUUCAAGCAGCUCGCGCUGCCAACUGCAUACACGCGAUUUUUGAGUUCCGGGAGACUAUAGAAAAGCAAGAAGUGAAGCCUCUAUUGGUGAAUGGUCUGGUGCCUUUGUGUUCAGCACAGAACGAGCGAAUCUUCAACACGACACGAAUUCCAGGAGUGGAAAAGGACCACCUUCAACACUGGCAUGACAGCUCACACAUUGUUGUCUUCAACAGAGGCAAAUUCUUCAAGUUGCCGUGCUACAGAAAGCGUGACUUGAUUAAUCAAGCUGAACUCGAAGUUAUGUUCACAAAGAUUCUAGAGGACCAAUCUCAACCAACUGAUGGUGAGGAACAUCUGGCUGUGCUAACUGCUGCGGAAAGGACAGUGUGGGCACAGACGAGGAUUAAAUAUUUCCGCAAAGGACUCAACAAGCACUCACUGGAUGUCAUAGAGAAGGCUGCUUUCGUUGUUUCGCUAGACGAGGAAGAAUUUCAAUACGAUCCUAAUGAUUCAAGUCAAAUGGACCAGUGGGCGAGUCACCUGCUUCAUGGAAACUGUUACAACGUCUGGUUCGAUAAGAGCUUCACCUUUAUCAUUCUAAAGAAUGGUCAUGUUGGCAUAAACGUUGAGCACUCGUGGGCUGAUGCGCCAAUCACGGCUUAUAUGUGGGAAGCCACCUUGCACAAGGACAGCAGAGUAGUGAGAUACAAAGAGGAUGGUCACUGCCACGGAACUGUGAGAGAUAACCUGCCACCAGUAACCAAGCUGAAGUGGGAGCUUCCAGACGAGUGUGUAAAAACGAUUGAAAGCCAACUUGUAGCUGCUCAAAAGCUGGCCAAUGACGUUGAUCUCAAGUUGAUCAUUUGGAGCGAGUGGGGAAAGGGCUUCAUAAAGAACUGCAAGGUUAGCCCUGAUGCAUUCAUCCAGAUGGCCCUGCAGCUGGCUUACUAUAGGGAUUCUGGCGAGUUCAGCUUGACUUAUGAAGCCUCGAUGACUCGUCUGUACCGUGAAGGUCGUACCGAGACUGUUCGCCCAGUUACCAUGGAGUCCUGUGCUUUUGUUAGAGCCAUGGAGGAUCAAACAACAUCGACUGGGGAGAGGAUUACGUUGCUGCGCGCUGCCUGCGAGGUGCACACGCAGCGCUACAAGGAUGCAAUGCUUGGUAAGGGAGUAGACAGACACCUGUUCUGCCUUUACGUCGUGUCUCGCUACCUGGAGGAGGAUUCCAAGUUCCUGGAGAAGGUUCUCAGUGAACCGUGGAAGCUGUCAACCAGUCAGACACCGCACUCGCAGACUAACAAGUGGGACUUCAGUAAGACACCCGAGUACGUGUGCGCAGGUGGAGGGUUUGGGCCGGUAGCAGACGAUGGUUAUGGCAUUUCUUACAUCGUUGCUGGCGAAGACUGCAUCUUCUUCCAUGUCUCAUCAAAGUUAUCGUCACCGCUAACUAACUCCGAACGAAUGCGAAACAACAUUAUCAGAGCCGUCGGUGAUCUUAGGACCCUCUUCGAUUUGACGAAUGGAAAGUGAUAAUCCAAACUGCGACCCGUCCUGCCACUAUUGUGGGAUUCACUCAAGGUGUGUGGAUUACUAGGUAAAUGGUUGGUAAAGUGGAGGUUAUCUCGAGGUAACAUGGAAUAAUGAUACAGACCAUGUAGGUGAUGAAUACGUUGAAGUUAGGUAAAGUAUAAUUUUGCUGGCUUCUCGAGAAAUUUGCAAUUAUUGAUAGCACUCCAUUGACUUGUGCUCAAGGAAGUUGUGAAUUCAUGUAUAGUUGAGUGCACUUUAUUGUAUACAUUUGUAUUGAUAUUGUAUUUACAUUUGUAUUACUAUUUUGGAAGGUAUAUAAUUAAUAUUUUAUGGUGCACCGUUAUAACUCUGUUUUUGCUCUAAAGCCAUGUUUGAGGAAUGGCCAAAAUGUUUUAUGCUCUACUAUGUGAAGAUUUUUGUAUGCGGUUCAUUCUUAUGCAUCACAACGUGCAAUUUUAUAAAGUAUUCACGUCCUUAUAGCUCAGCAACGACCAAUGCAAAGUUUGUAAUAAAUUCCCCCACACCCGCAUACUAUUAUUUCGUAUUAUGUACGUUACAUUGCUAUUAUUAUGUACUGCAUCCCUAUGGUUGUACUGAAGGUUGCAGUAAUGUUGUUAUAGGUGGCUAACUAGGUGUUACGUAAUGUUGCCCUCUCGUGGUGUCGCGUGAAUGUAAAGAGAUGUGCAGGCCCGAGGCUGAACCUCCGAUACAAUAGACGUUAUAACAAAACGCUCACCAGAAUUUUCGUGUGCCAGGCCUUUUGUUUUUGCUUUCGUGUAAGUUCUCUCUAUAUCAGCAUUUAUAAAAUUUGAUUUCUUUUCCUAUAAUUCACACUGAAAUGGGUUUAAACUUUUUUUGCUGCAGCGAUAUAAAACUGCUAUGCAGUUACUGGACAAUUUCUAUAUGUGUGCAUGUGCGUGUGUGCGUGGGUAUGCGCGGGUUCGUUUUGCGUGCGUAUGUGUUUGAGUGGAAUGGGUGCGUUUCCAAGCAGUAGAGUGUAGCUAGACUGUGAGUAAGCAAAUUAAAUGUGUAUUUGAUGUGUGCGUGGCGUGUGCGUGCGUGCGUGCAUGCGUGCGUGCGUGCGUUUGUCGUGUCGGGUUGGGUUAUAAGUGAGUUUGUAAGCAUUAUUAAAGGUGCAUGUACGGUGAGUGAACAGGUAACGCCUUGCAGAUAAGAGGUAACGGGAUGUAGAUGGGGUGUGUGAGCAGGUAGGAUACAUGAGCAGGCGUCAGGGUGUAUAUGAGCAGGUAACUUGGGUAGGUAACCAGGCAACGUAAUAUCUGCAAAGAACCCGAUACGUAAGAAGGCGUUUGGUUACAGGAAAGGUCUGUGAUCGGGCAAUGCGGGGAACGUAGUGUAUGUGGGGGUGGGGGGGGGCAGGCGGCACCCUAACAAGGUUUAAGCUCAGUUGAGCAGAAGUCGGAGUUCGCGAGAAGUGGGCGCGCGUAUCCGAUGUCGGAGAGAAGUGGAGGCGAUGUAGCUCCCACGUCUGUCAUCGGGCUCUCCGUGUGGCCUCUGCCCCGUCGCUGGCCUGCCUGUGCGUCAUGGCCUAGCUACGUCGUCGUAAGCCCUACGUCGCCGCCACACCUUAAAACGGCCUCACAGAUCUUUCCAGUCUGCUGCCCACACUGAAUGUUCCCAGUUGCUGAGUAUCACUGGUACUGCCGUGUGAGAAAACACCGCGAAUGUCACAUUUUGGUAAAUACGGUUUUCGGUGGCGAACAGUGUGAACUUUAAUUGUGUCAGACGAUGUAACAAGGGGCGGGAUGUAAACCAAGUGCGGGGCGGCAGUUUAUGCCUUAAAAACAAGUGUUUAACGGCGUGUCUUCGCUGUGCAGAAAUUUAUUUCGAUACUAUGUAUUAACUUUAGUUAAUCUGGGCUGUUUUAUGUAUGUACGUCUGUCGAAUAAGCUUUUAACGGCUACAAGGUUUGUAUUACGCAGUUAGUGAUAUCGGGAAUGAUAUAUAUUGAUAUAUUCAUACAACUUCGCUGUGUCUGUGUUAAUUUUGGGAAUCCAUAUCGGAUUUGGUCUAAGCAUUUAGAUCUCAAACAGUUUAUCGAGACGAGAAUCUUCUGCAUUUGCGCACAUUAGGAUAUUUAUGGCAUGGUAUUAUUAUAUAGUUGUCUGUUGCGUUUUAAAAUUGAGCAUUCGCGGUUUGUGUUUUGUUUCCGUUAAUGAAAUUAAAAUUGUUUCGUAUUUAACAGUA